AUGCAGCAUCUUCAAGAACUGCAGUAUAUCGCCCCGCUCGUACAUCAGCUUCCCCUUCAGCGCGAUGUUCAUCGCCACCACCGAGGGGGCCACGGGGUUCUCGUUCCAGCCCAUCAGGCUGACGCGCCGAACUGCUUCAGCGCCGCGGCGUCCGCCAUUUCGUCCCCGGUCACCGUGACCGUCUCGAUUUUCGCGUGCGGUGAGCUGCGACCUGCACGCCAGACCCGCCGGACACACGACAACGGUCUCGCCGGGCUUGACCUGGAUGUCGCGCAGGCCGCCGCCGUAGGGGACGAGGAAGCCGCCCCCCUCGUCCAGCACAAAGCAGUUCUCGAGCCGGCACCCUCGCGAACUCCGCAAACGUGCCGUCGCGCGCACACCUCCCUCACCAACUUCUUACUCCCCCCUCGUCACUCCCUCGUGCACCGCAGCAAGAAACACGGCAUCGGCGUCGUCGCGCGCGCGGACGACGCAGUCGAUGACGGUGGCGUCGGGGCCGACGGCGCUCGUGCCGGCGACUAUGGGCACGGGGAUGCUGUGCCCGCGGACGCCGUUGUAGAGCUCGCGGUGGUAGGAGAGGACGCCGGCAGCUGCGAUGCGGAUGAUGGCGUUGCCGAGGUUGGGGAGGGGGGUGGCAUUGUGAGUGAGAGUCGGUGA